AUGCUGCUGAGUAUUGUGACCUCCUUCAAGUACGUGUCCGUUCACAGUGAGGAGAGAAGGAGAAAAGGCUCCUCUUUCUCUGCCUUGGCUGGAAGGCAGGGUAAUGUUGAGCAGGUUCUACCACAUAGAAAAGCUCUGAAACCAGGCAUGGUACUCCUCUUUGAACUCUUCCUUCUUCGUGGCACCUAUACCUGGAUUGAUCGAGAAGCGGGAUGGGGAGCUUUUCCCUUAUGUGAUAACAAUUUUAAUGCUUUGGAGGGAAAAUUUAAAUGUCCCUUCCUCAGAGGACAUUAUGACUCCAAAAUUGAUCGAUUCAAAAAAAUCGAAAAUUUUAUUUCUCAGGACUUGGAUCAUUGGUUAUGCAAUCUCUACUUUCAGAUAAUUAAACUACCGCAGGAUUCAGAUAAGCAAAGUAAGCAUGGUAUGCAUGUUCAUCUGCCACCUGAACUUCUUAUGUAUUCAAGAACUGCUGAAAAGAAUGGUGUCUCAGAGAAUGUUGUACAGUCUGGACCACAAGGGCAACCUCUGACCUCCCCGAAAGAUCCUGACACUCAUAAGGGAAGUAUUCCCACUGUUGUAAAGGAAGUGGAAAAGCAGUUUAAUGCUGCCAAAGGAGGAGAAGCGUGUGUGUCAGAAGAAGCUGUGAGGAAAAGAGAAGAGCUUAAAAUGCUUCCAGCAGAGGAUUGCCAAGAUUGCCAUGGCAAUGCAGACAAGCACUGUGGCUCGUUUUGGCUGGAGGAGGUCCAAGAAGGACAUCACAAGGUCAGCAGGAAUAACCCACCUGACCAAUGCUAUGAAUUAAAAUCAGGUCCAGAGAACAAUGCAAGCCAAGAAGAAGGGAAAACAUCUGCAGACAGCAAUUUUCAUUUGGAAGACUUGGAGAAAUAUACCUUUUCUGUAUGCUGCCGCUCUUCUGCUUCUGCUGAUGUGAAACUAUGCAGGCAGGUUGUGGAGCGUUUCCAUUUCGUGGUGUACACGGCCUUUUCAGAGCUGGGAGCCACACACUGGCGCUCCAAGGACUUUUGGCUGCUUGCACUGCUGGUAGUUGUGCUUUGGUUCCUGAGACUUUACCUGCAUUAUUUGAGCCAGUGGCUCUUCCUUCGGACCAUCUCAGUUCCUGUUGCAAAGUAA